AUGACUCGCCCCCGUGUGCAUGCGAGGAGCGCCGAGGGCGGCGCGGACGAGGCCGACGAGGCGGGCGAGGCCGACGAGGCGGAAGGCUCGCGGCCGAGGAAGGAGGCGAGGACGGAGGCCGCCCUGCGCGACGACUCCCAGGGGGGCUCGCGGAGGCGGCCGCCGGCGACGCCCUGCUCCGCGGGCAGCCCGCCGGGCGCCUCGUCGUCGGCGGCCGAGCACGGCGACGGGGCGGAGGUUGCCAAGAUGCGGGUCAGCCCCUCGUCGAGCCCGCACUCGAUGAGGCUCAACGAGCGGCCCGAGUUCUGCCAGAUCUGCUGCAACGACGUCCCCGCGCGCCACGCCGUCACGCUGGGCUGCGACCACGGCUGGUACUGCUCCCUGUGCAUGGUCCGGCACACGGAGGCGCGCCUCUCCGUGGGCGCGGCCAGCGUGACCUGCCCGCAGUGCCUGGCCCCGCUGGCGGAGCGGGACCUGAGGAGGAUGGUGCCGGGCGAGCUGCUGGAGCGGUUGCUGGCGCGGAGCUUGGAGCAGGCCGUCUCGUCGGUGGCCGAUCUCUGGGCGUGCCCGACGCCGAACUGCCCGAUGCGGGUCGCGCUGGAGGAGGGGGAGGAACCGCGGCUGAAGUGCACGGAGUGCAAAAAGUCCUCGUGCCUCCGCUGCGGCGCGCAGCCGUGGCACAAGGGGCUCACGUGCCAGGAGCACGCCGAGAAGAUGCGCGCUCGCAACAAGAAGGCCAGGAAGGACGAGGCCCUGCUGCAGCAAUGGAUAGCGGAGACUGGCACCAAGCAGUGCCCGACGUGCCGGAUGGGGGUGACGAAGCAGAACAUACGGAACCAGCAGACGCAGUACUCGGAGUGUCACAAGAUGCUCUGCCGCAACUGCAACACGAAGUUCUGCUUCAAGUGCCUCGCCGUGCUGACGGACAGUUACACGUGCGGCUGCACGAUCGACGCCCACGGCUUCAUCGACCCGCGCACCGGCAAGCGCAUGAACCACCUGAAGGCGGCGCGCGCGAGGGCCAAGCCGGUCGGCAAGGCGGCCGCGAAGUGCAAGGCGAAGGGCUGA